UGGCGGGCCUGGGGGUCCAGGCCGAGCAGGAGCCGCUCUUAGGCGACCGCACACCCGGAAGCAGGUGCAGCCUCCGUCAUUCGGCACUUGGCCUUUUCCAGAGCUCAGCCCUUCACACAUUUCACAGGAAUUCCGAGAUGAUGGUUUUCAUUGUUACUUGAACACACAGCUCUUAGUAUUGACCUAAUUGCUGGAUUCUUUGUUAGCAAGUGAACCCGUCUGAAAUGGGUUCACCGUUGUCCUAUGCCAAAUAUAUAAAGACAACUUUUUAUUUUUAGCAUUUAGGAGAUGAAGUGUACUUUGACCCUUAAUUAAAAGGUUAUUUUGCUUCUACUUUGUGGACAGUAAUUCAGAAUUGUUAGUUUAUCUCUCACUGCAAUUAAGUAUGUAUUUUUCCCUUUAGGAAAACGGAGUUAAGUAUUUUAUAUUUGAAAUAAUAGUUAAAAUCAAGUAUAUUAAUACACAAUUAAAGCUGUCUACGUUAAUUUUUGCUCACUUGUGUUUCUUAAGCACCAAACCUUAUUUUAACCAGUCUGAAACUCUUUGGAAAAUGUCUUUCUCUGGUCUCUGAUUUACUAAACAAUACAUGUAAUGUAAUUUUAUCUUGAGAUUACAGUUCAUAUCAAUGUUGAAAUGUUGUCAUGGAGUGAUGUUCUUGGCCUGUUGAGACAUUUUGGACUAUUGCUUCUAUUCUGAUUUAUUAUACACUGCUGUACUUUAAAGUUUCAUGUCUUUUUUUAGUGUUUUGCCUAUUCUGUUCUUGACAGACUAUCCCUCAUCAUGUUUUUGUUAUCUCUUGGCAAACCUGUUUUUGUUGCUGUCAGCAACUUCUCCCAACUUUAUUUUGGGACUUCUACUUUGGUGCUGGUUCAUAAACCAUAUAUAAGGUCAAUAGAAUUGUGUGUAGUUUGAACAUAGAAGUUUGAUUAAGGCCUAAAGAUUUCUUCUUAUUUAUGCAAUGGCAUGUGUGAUGUUAAGCACUUCAUACGUAUCUGUUGUAUCAGGAACUGAUUUAAUAUACCUGACACAGUAGAUCUAAUAUCUCUCCUCUUCCCUCCCUCUCUACCACUCCCAGUCACAUCACAGUUGAAAAAUAAAGUUUCUUUUUUCAAGACUGUGAGUCUGAAAUCUAUUUUAGAAAAUAGUCUUAGAACAUCAGAAAUUAUUUUGUCUGUUUUGCUUGUCUUAAUUAUUUGAAAACAUAAUUCUCAGAGUAAAUUUAACUCUUUAUGCAUAUGUGAAAAUGUAAUGGGUACAUACUCUCAUGUAUAUCACCUGACAGAGGUAGGAUGUCUGAUUAAUAUACUUGUCUUUUUUAAUAUACUUGGCCUUUAGCCCAGAUCACAAGCCUAUAUGAACGAACAACCCAGUCUCUCUAGUCCAUGUGUUAGAGGAAAGGCAAGUGUUCCAGGAGGUCUCAGGCUAAGAAUGUGUUAGGUCACAUCAGACCUUCCUGGUGUCACGUCUACAUUAAUUUGACCCAGCCAGAUAGCUUCCAGCAGCAAAGUUAAUUUACUGUCAUCAAGUAGAGCAUGUCAUAAUGAUGACAGUAAUUAUCUUUAAGAUAUUUAGUAGUUGUAUAUCAUACCUGUGGGAGAUGUAAUUUUUGGAGCUAGUUUGUUUAUUUUUAUAAACUUUAUUUUGUCAGUGUAACAAGUUUCAGCACUCUGGAAUAAUAAAAUUGUACAAUGAUGCAUAAAUACAACCCAUGGAAAUCCAAAGGAAUAAUGCUUAUUCAUAGAUGAAUUAGUACAGAAAAAUCAAUAUUAGUAAAUUAUACCUCUGAUAUAAUUUCUAUGAUUUUAGACCAUAGCAAAUAAAAGUCUGCCACAGAAAGAUUUGCAUUUGAUGAGAUAACUUAGUACUACGUCUUUCUUCUUUACACCUAGAGAAUGGGAUAUUAUAGAAACUGAGGAGCAUUAUAAGAGCCGAUGGAGAUCUAUUAGGAUUCUGUAUCUUACUAUGUUUCUCAGCAGUGUAGGAUUUUCUAUUGUGAUAAUGUCAAUAUGGCCCUACCUCCAAAAGAUUGACCAGACUGCUGAUACAAGUUUUUUGGGCUGGGUUAUUGCUUCAUUUAGUCUUGGCCAAAUGGUAGCUUCACCUAUAUUUGGUUUGUGGUCUAAUUAUAGACCAAGAAAGGAACCUCUCAUUGUCUCCAUCUUCAUUUCGGUGGCAGCCAACUGCCUCUAUGCGUAUGUGCACGUCCCAGCUUCUCAUAAUAAAUACUACAUGUUGGUUGCUCGUGGAUUGGUGGGAUUUGGAGCAGGAAAUGUGGCAGUUGUUAGAUCAUAUAUUGCUGGUGCUACUUCCCUUCAGGAAAGAACAAGUUCCAUGGCAAAUACAAGUGCAUGUCAAGCAUUAGGUUUUAUUCUAGGUCCAGUUUUUCAGACCUGUUUUGCACUCAUUGGAGAAAAGGGCGUGACAUGGGAGACUAUACAGCUUCAGAUAAACAUGUAUACAGCACCAGUUUUACUUGGCGCCUUCCUUGGAGUUUUAAAUAUUAUUCUGAUCCUUAUUAUAUUAAGAGAGCAUCGUGUGGAUGACUCAGGACGACAGUGUAAAAGUAUUAAUUUUGAAGAAGCAAGUACAGAUGAAAUUCAGAUUCCCCAGAGAAGUAUUGAUCAAGUGGCUGUAGUAACUACCAAUGUUCUGUUUUUUGUGGUCCUAUUUGUCUUUGCCCUUUUUGAAACCAUCCUUACUCCAUUAACAAUGGAUAUGUAUGCCUGGACUGGAGAACAAGCUGUAUUGUAUGAUGGAAUAAUACUUGCUGCUCUUGGAAUUGAGGCUGUUUUUAUUUUCAUAGGGAUUAAAUCACUUGCCAAAAAGAUUGGUGAGCGUCCUAUUCUGCUGGGAGGACUUGUCAUCAUAUGGAUUGGCUUCUUUAUCUUGUUACCUUGGGGAAAUCAAUUUCCCAAGGUACAGUGGGAAGAUUUACAUAAUCAUUCAAUUCCUAAUACCACAUUUGGGGAAAUUAUUAUUACUCUUUGGCAGUCUCCAAGAGAAGAUCAGAGUGAACGACCAACCGGUUGCCCAAUUGAACAAGCCUGGUGCCUCUAUACCCCCAUGAUCCAUCUAGCCCAGUUCCUCACAUCAGUUGUGCUAAUGGGAAUAGGCUAUCCAUCUUGCAAUGUUAUGUCAUAUACAUUAUAUUCAAAAAUUUUGGGACCAAAACCUCAGGGUGUGUACAUGGGCUGGUUAACAGCUUCUGGAAGUGCAGCACGGAUUCUUGGACCUGUGUACAUCAGCCAAGUGUACACUUCCUGCGGCCCACGAUGGGCAUUCGGCCUUGUGUGUGGAAUAGUUGUGCUCACCAUCACACUCCUGGGAGUGGUUUACAAAAGACUCAUUGCUUUUUCUGUAAGGCAUGGAAGGAUUCAAGAGUAACCUAGCUAACACUGGGAUGCACAGUACUUGCUGUGUGGACUUCCUUUACUAAGGCUCUGCCAGACAGUUGCUAUGAGUCAGUUUCCAAAAGUGACUCUUGAAAAGCAAGAGAAUAUAUUGAAUAACACGGAAUUCUAUGAGUAACUGUGAAUAUUAAGAUUUUUUGUUCCCCAAACUGCAGAGGUAUCACUUAAAACAAUAAGAGAAUAUCUAUGCAGUGAAACCACAGAAAAGUUCUGGAAAAAUCUCGUAUAACAGAAUGAAAUUAUAGCAAUGGUUUACCUAAAUAGUAGGUAUCUUGACCAAAUCAUAGAUAUCUACUUUUAUUUAUUUAAAAUGCAUUUUUUAUUACUAUAGAAAGUUCCCUUAUGAAAUAAAUGACUCUUAAAUUACUAUGCCUGCCAUCAUACCAUACCUUCUUUAUUUUUAAAACACCUUCUGUCUUAUCUCACUAAAUAACUCUAAGUAGAUGAAUAUGGAUAAUGCUAAUA